UAGUUUAAUGGCACUUACUUUUGUCCUAGUAUGCUUGCCCUAGGUUAACGUUAGCCUGUAUGUUGCCAUGCCUUGUGCAGGCAUGUAAUUCCACUGUAGACGACGUAUUUUAUCUAAGUUGCUGCGCGUAACGCCGUCUUGUAACAAAACGAAUUUUUUUUUUUGCCACUGCUAGCAGGUAAUUUAUUUGGAGGGAACGGAUAAAUAAAAGCUGCGCACUGCACUGCUUCAUUGCUAAUUGCUAGCUAACCGCUAGAUAAGUACUUAAAUCCAGCUGCCACUGAGCUAACGAAAGACAGUUUAGCAUCCACAAAACUGUGGGUGUGAAUGAUUCUCCAUUAGCCAUUGUGUACGUGAUGACUUUUUGUAAUAGCUACAGUUUACUCUACUGUUGAAUAUGUACACCACACGAGGCACAAGGCGUGUGUUGCGGAGCUUAACUUAAAUGCCCUUUGAUCUAACAGUGCAUCCCUGGUGAAAGCUAUGAGGGGUCUGCUGUCCAGUUUUACCGUAGCUGUUGUCCUCCUCGCAUUUGCUUCGACAACAUGUUUGUACGUCAACCACUUGUCUAACCACGAAACCAAAUUGGUUAGGCCGGUCCACGUUAAACAAAAUGAGAUCAUAGCACAUGAAAUGCUUGUUAAUAAUAAUCCAGGCAAACUGCAGAACAGUUCGGUGGAGUCAAGGGGAAUCCACCCUGAAAGCUCCCAAGAGACUGAUAUUUACAGCGAUAAUAAAUGCACCAUGGCCCCGGAGAUGCGGUUUGACUGUGCCAGGGACAGGCUUCUCAGCCAGAGAGAGUGUGAGGAGAGGGGAUGCUGCUAUGUCCCUCUGCCCAACUCUGCAGGACCACCUUGGUGCUUCUACCCCAGUUUGUACCCUGGCUACAAAAUGGGUCCCCUCACUCCCACCAUGCGAGGCCAGGCUGCCACCUUGACUCGUGCCAUCCCCUCCCAUCUCCCCAGAGAUAUCUCCAUGCUAAACCUGGAAGUUAUUGAGGUGACUGCAGGCUGCUUGCACCUCACUUUGAAGGAUCCAUCAUCUCAGCGAUAUGAAGUCAAGCUCCCAGCUGGUGGUCCUCGGAGCAGAGCUGAUACUCAUGAUUCCCUCUGCACCACUGAGUACCAGUCUGACCCAUUUGGUUUCAUAGUGCGACGUAAAUCUAAUGGAAAGGUGAUUAUGAACACCACUGUCGCUCCUCUGCUGUUUGCUGACCAGUACCUGCAGCUGUCCACCACACUGGCCUCUUCCCUUGUGUCUGGCCUUGGGGAGCAUUACACCUCCCUCCUCCUGGACCUUAACUGGACCUCUCUGGCUCUCUGGAACAGAGACAUGGCACCUCAUGCUGACGCUAACCUCUAUGGAUCCCACCCCUUCUACGUAGUACAGGAGGAGGAUGGCUUGGCACAUGGAGUUUUCCUUCUCAACAGCAAUGCAAUUGAGGUGAUGUUGCAGCCGAGCCCCGCUCUAACCUGGGUGUCCACCGGAGGAAUCCUGGACCUGUAUAUUUUCUUGGGUCCUGACCCUCAAAGUGUUAUACGACAGUACCUCCAGAUCAUUGGCUAUCCCAUGAUGCCUCCCUAUUGGUCACUGGGCUUUCAUUUGUGUCGCUGGGGUUACACGACCACUAAUACAACCCGCAAGGUUGCAGAACAUAUGCACAAUGCCAACUUUCCACUGGAUGUCCAGUGGAAUGAUUUGGAUUAUGCAGAUAAGCGCAGGAGUUUCACCUUUGACCCCUGGCGAUUUGGCGACCUCCCAGAGAUGGUAGAGGGGUUCCAUAUGAGAGGCAUGAAGUACAUCCUUAUUCUGGACCCGGGGAUCAGCAGCACCAGCCCCCCUGGGACUUACCCUGCCUUUGAUGAUGGACUGAAACGAGACGUAUUCAUUAAAAAUGCCACGGGACACAUCCUGAUAGGGAAGGUUUGGCCCGGCCCAACAGCCUUCCCUGACUUCACCAACCCAGAGACCAGACAGUGGUGGGAAGACUGCAUCAGAGAUUUUCAUUCUAAAGUGGCUGUGGAUGGACUGUGGAUUGAUAUGAAUGAACCAGCCAGUUUUGUACGGGGCUCAGUGGAGGGCUGUCCGGACAGUGAUCUUGAGAACCCACCCUACACACCCAGGGUGGUCGGAGGACAGUUGAACUCAGGAACUCUUUGUAUGUCAGCUCUGCAGAGGCUGUCCACUCACUACAACCUGCACAAUAUGUACGGACUGAUGGAAGCAUAUGCCACUAACAGAGCUCUUAGUAAGGUACGAGGGAAGAGACCCUUUGUCCUGUCUCGUUCCUCUUACCCUGGCAUUGGACGCUUCUCUGGAGUGUGGACAGGCGAUGUCAGGAGUGACUGGGAGCAGCUGCGAUACUCUAUCCCUGCGGUGCUGCAGUUCAGCUUGUUCGGGGUGCCUCUGGUGGGGGCGGACAUCUGUGGCUUUGGAGGAAACACCACUGAGGAGUUGUGUGUACGAUGGAUGCAGCUUGGGGCUUUCUACCCAUUUAUGAGGAACCACAAUGACAGGCCCAAUGCUCCUCAGGAGCCCUAUGUAUUUGGGCAGGAGGCCCAGGCAGCCAUGCGGAGUGCAUUGAACCUACGUUACUCCCUUCUCCCGUUCCUCUACACACUCUUUCACCAUGCACACACCUCUGCUGACACUGUGGCCAGGCCUCUCUUCAUGGAGUUUCCUACUGAUCCUAACUGUCAGACCAUUGACCAGCAGUUCCUGUGGGGGAGUUCACUUCUCAUUAGCCCAGUUUUAGAUCAAGGGGCAGUAGAACUGACUGCCUACCUACCACCCAGCACUUGGUACAGCCUGCACAAUGGUCAGCCUUUCUACAGUAAGGGCCAGUACCUGCUCCUGCCAGCCCCUCUGAACACCAUCAACAUCCAUGUGAGGGAGGGAAAAAUUAUCCCCCAGCAGGAGCCUGCUUUGACAACCACAGCCUCACACAGAAACCCUUUCUUCCUGACAGUGGCACUGUCAGCAGGCGGCUGGGCCUGGGGCGACUUGUUCUGGGAUGACGGGGACAGUCUUGACACCUACGAAAUGGGAAGUUAUUGUUAUGUCGCCUUCAUUGCUGGACAGUCUCAGGUUGUGAGUGACCCUCUGAGGCUGAAUGGGGCUCUGGACGGUCUGGUGCUGGGAGGGCUGCGGGUGUUUGGGGUGCCCUCAGCACCCCGCUAUGUAUUGGCCAAUGGGGAGAAAGUCAGGGAUUUCAUGUACCGCAGCGACACCAAGGUUUUGACAGUGACCAGCUUGGCUUUGCCCAUGUCAAAGGUGUUUACAGUCCAAUGGGCUCUCUGAUGCACUGAACAAUUUUACCUGUGGGCCCUCGGGAGCCUUAGCGUUCUGCACAUCUACUGAAAGGACCCGCCGCCUUUUUAUGCACUGGCAACAGCUGAUUUCCUUGAGCUUUCCCAGCCACCCCAGAGCUAGGUAUGCACCUUACAUUUACCUAAUUUUGCACAUUGGCAGCCCUUGUAAGCAGUAUUUAAAAAGUGUGAUAAUAUCAAACCAUGAGAGCCAUGAUCUUAAUCUGAAGCCAAUUUAUGCUGCUAACUGCUACAUUGAAUUAAGACAGUUUAAUGCCUUGUAAUUGUAUGUAGUUUUUAUAACUAUUUAUAAUCCUUUGUAUUUUAUGAAAUAAUGUGUGCAUGGCUUUGUUCCUGAAGUACAUUGACAAUAA